AUGUGGCAAGUACUUAUUGAUUUCUUGGGGGGACCCCAGGACCAGAAACGUGCCAUAUUGGACCUUGACCGUGCUAAAAUUACCUUUGCCAACUUAUUGAAGUUCAAAGUUAAGAUGGGUUAUUCUGUGAGGGACUUCAUGUACUAUAUGAAGAGAUGUGGCAAUGAUACAGCUUUCCUGCAGCGUAUAGAUUACGAAGAAGAUGCAUUAGCAAUGAUAGAAGAUUGUAUGCAAGAGAAGAAAAUUAGGAUAGCAGUUUCAGACACUCAGCUAGAUCAGGAAGGAGAAUAUGCAAUCACACCGAUUAAGCAACGUAGUACACAUGAGGAAGUUAGUGGACAAGGAAUUCAGGAUGAAGACAUUGAUGCGUACAAGGUGUGGCUCAAUAAGCUGCCACAGGAUGAAAACAACCCAGAAUUUAAGGAUGACACCCGGCUGAAUACUGUUGCAACAUAUAAAGAAUGGUUGAGGAGGGAAGGGCUUCUUAAAGAUAUAUAUGCAUAUUUAGAUGAUGAAACCAUUGAAGAAGACGGAAGUGGUGACAAUAGCGCAGCACCAAUGCAGUUUCCAGCUCAUGCUCGUAGGCCAAAGGCCUCUCAGAAAGCCCCUCAGCCUGCAGAAACAGCCACUCAUCCUUCAGAAUUCACAACCAAUGCUACUGUUAUUGAAAAUAUGGUUAGUGGAAAUGAAGGUGCAGAUUUAGCACAGGCUGGUACAGAAUCUACGCUGGGCAUACAUAAUGCACCUUCUAAUGGGCCUGCUGUUGUUCCCACUCCUAGCCAAGGACCAGAACAAGUGCAAAAGACCGUAGAAGACAGUGAAUUAGUGAGCAAUAAGAUGAGUAUCCAACCUAGUCGCCUCACUCGCAGCAAUGCCAACAUAUCACUUUUCCCAAAUGACAAAGGCAGUAAUGAGUCUUUGAAGUUUAUUACUUCACAUACACUGAGGAAUAAUGCUGCAAGAAGAUCAACCUUGAGGGAGUCUUGGCAAGCUGAAAUGAAUCUAAUAUUGUGCAACGAGAAAGUAUCAUGUUGA